AUGUCUUCCUCCAUUCCUGAGCUGGUCCUCAACGGCUCUCAGACCAACACUUCUCUGGUGAAUGGCACGAUCGAUACUUCUGUGCCUUACGCCGUCUUGGCCAACACCUCGAGCAUUGCCCUUCCAGACUCAACCGUCUGGUCCUUUCUUGGCCUGGCCUAUGAUCAACGCCACUACCUUCUCGUCCAGGGCCGACUGUUUGCCCUGACGCUUACCAUCAUCUACAUCAGCGCACACAGUGCGCUGCACAGGCCAAACUCGGCUGCACCUCGCAGAGAUGAGGCCGAGGACGAUGCCAGCAGUGACAAGACGAAACGCGGCAUACGACGGCGGCGUCGACGGCGUUCGACGACGAGUGAUUCCAAGGAGGGAAUCCAGGUCCAUGAAGCCAUACUGAUCCCGUUUGUGGCUGGCGCCGCCCUCGUCGGCAUGUACUACCUGUUGCAAUACCUGGACGACCCGAAGCUGCUAAGCCGCAUCUUACGGACGUACUCCUCCGUCGUCGGCGUGGCCAGUCUGGGCAAGCUUCUCGGCGACGGCCUGCACAGCAUGACGUCCCUGGUCUUUCCCAACGUGUGGGCUCGCUGGGAUCCCACUGGUCAGCAGGAGGUCUUUCGCAUCGAUCCGACUCGGCGAUGCCAGCUUCGCCAGCAGGUCCGCCAGCAGGAGCCGGCGCCCGGGGGCGAGUCUCCCGAUGGCUGGACUGUCGACACGAUUCGGAUCUCGCCCUUCCCAGACCGGUUGGCCUGGCUGGCUCGCACGCCCGCGGCAACUGCACAAGCUUGGACGCUGCGACGCCUCAUGCGCGAGCAGUGGACCGUCCGCGUGGCUAUGGCUGGCUUCGGCAAUGCCGAGCUGGACGUCACGCUCAGCACGCUUGUCGGCAUCUACGUGUCUGCCGGCCUGGUGGCCGCCUACUGCUUCACCUCGGCGGCCUCGUCGCAUACUCUGAACAAUCUGCUUGGCCUGGGCUUCUGCUACGGCAGUCUCAUGCUGGUGUCGUGCACCUCGUUCGGCAUCGGCUCUAUUGUGCUUGUGGGCCUGUUCGUCUACGAUAUCGUCAUGGUAUUCUAUACGCCGUUUAUGGUUACUGUAGCCAUGAAUGUCGACGCUCCUAUCAAGCUUGUUGCCAGCUCGGGCACCCGCUCGAGCAUUUUGGGACUUGGGGACAUUGUCGUUCCCGGCAUCUUCGUCUGCAUGUGUCUACGCUACGACCUCCACCGAUUCUAUGCGCGGCAGAUCCAGAGGGUUCCCACCACGCUUGUGACGGAGACGGUGGCCGAGGACGGUGCCGCGGUGUCUACAGCCACGGCCACCAAGGACCGCGAAGUGAAGGCGUCCUUCAUCGAGCCAAAGGGUCGUUGGGGCGACAGGCUGUGGACGAUGGGCUUGUGGGGCACGCUGUCAUCGUCGUUACCGCUGACGCCUGGUCUGCGUGCGGCUGCGUUUCCCAAGCCGCUCUUUCACACAGCCAUGGUGGCCUACUUUGUGGGUCUGUUGGUGGCGGUUAGCAUCAUGCUGUACACGCGACGGGGACAGCCGGCGUUGCUGUAUCUGGUGCCAGCCGUUCUCCUGGCGACGUGGGGACGGGCUCUUGCGACCGGCGAGCUCAAGCAGAUGUGGGCGUACACCGAAGACGAAUCAGCAGACGUGAAGGAAGUUGUGGUAGAGUUAGGGCCGGAUGGGAAGCCGACGAAGAAGGCUGAAGAGGAAACGCCGAUCGAGGCGACGUCUGCAGAUCUGGAAGUGAUAUGA